AUGCUCGCUCAACCUUAUCUAAAUACCCAACCAGGUCCAUCGAAUUAUUCACGAGGACCACCAACACCUACUUCUCCAGCACCUCAUGGAUUAGUACAAGCUAUACAUGAUUUCGAACCUGCCAUGGUCCCAACUCCUCUACCCGACGAUGGUCAUACGUAUUUACAUUUUACCGCUGGUGAAAUUAUACGUGUUCAUAGGAAAGCUCAUACGGGUUGGUGGGAUGGGGAGAUCGUCUCGGAUCGAGAGGAUGUUAGGGGACCUAGGAGAGGAUGGUUUCCGAAUAAUUAUGCGAGGAAAAUUAAAACUCAACAAAACUCUCAUGUCAGAUCACAAUCUGUACAAUCCGUUCAAUCUCAUACUUCCCACAUUCGUCAAACAUCCACCACCUCGCAUCGAUCUCAAACCUCAAUGAACUCUUCCACCAUACAUGUCUCACCCGCCAAACGACCACUGUCUUCGGAAUUUCAACUCAUGUUAGAACCCAACUACCGGGCUGUCGCGUUGUUAGAAGAAAGUAUCAACAGUCAAAAACGCGCCCAUCUCCAACCUUCCACGGGAUACAUCAUUUCUGAAGUCCGUCUCACACUCCUCCAGCUCGACUCGUUGAAUCGUGAUUCCCCUUCUCUUCGUACUUAUCCAGUCCUGGGCAAUGCUCGAAAACAUGUCUUGGUGGAAUUGUCCAAACUCGUUUCCACCGCUCGGACAGCCAGCGAGAGAAUCCAAGGCGAAGGCACACCGGAGGAUACGAAUGAUUUUGAAGCCAUAUUACGUGCUGCUAGAGCGGUAUUAGUUAACUUACAAAAAUUUCUCGUUUUAGCAGCUGAAAUUGGACUCAAACCUGCGCCGAGGGAAAAGUUGAAGCAGGAGGAAAUGUUAGCUUCUCCACCAUCAAUCUCCGACACUAUAACACAGAACAAGAUCGAUGCAGAAGGCCAAUUGAGUGGACAGGAUCGAAUGAGAGAAGCAUUUCAAAGACGUGCGAAAAGUAUUGGAGAUUUACGACAAACGAAGAAGAUGGAACCGGAACAACCACCUUUACCUACUGCUUCUCUAAAGUCGACAAAUUCUUCCGGACCUCGUUCACCCUCUGCAGCAACGCCCAUUUCCGCUACGUUCUCCGUAGCUUCAGGUCGGACUUCCCAAAUGUCAUCAAGAUCUUUGAGCAGGACUCAAGGAAGUAUCGAUAGUGGAAGUAUUGCUUCGUCAGAUGGGAUGGGUCCCUCCGAAGAUAUAACCCCCGUUCCUACACCUCCCAUAUCGACAAUGAUGGUAGUCCCACAGAGACGUGACUUCGCUUCGGUGGCAGAUGUUCUCGAUGCCAUCGGAGUAGCCGAAGAAGCACUUUUAUCAAUAAUCGCUGCUUUUAUCGGUCAUAUACACAGUCAUCAUCUCGGUUCUCAUCCUUCCUCCCAUGCCAAUUUGAUCGAGAUGACACGUGAAACGGUAGACAGUGUGCGUCAACUCUUAACCAUCGUCGAAGCAGUCGGACGUAACACGGCAAUCAGACUCAACCGUCCAAGGGAAAUUGAAUCACUCAGAAUCAGUAAAGACAACUUGUACGACAUUGCCAGUCGAUUGGUAGAAGGAGCUGAAGCUGUGGCUAAUGCCCCAUUUGAAGAAGCCGGCGAGGAAUUGUAUGACGCGGAGAAAGCCAGAUUACUCCAAUGUGCUACUGGCACUCUGAGAGCGGGUACGGAAUGCGUGAGGUUGGUAAGAGGUUGUCUGCCAGAAGACGAAACUACAGCUAUUCCUUCAAAUACACCCAAGCUUGAUUUCAGGCAGAAUUCUCCUAGACCCUUACAGGCUGCUGCGGUGGUGGCUCGUCCGAAACCUGUCGGUGCACGGGGAGUUCAUACACUCUCUGGUCUUCAUCGAAAAGCAAACAGCUUGUCUCAACUACGAGCUCGAUUUCAAGUGAAGGGAGUCAUGGAGGAAAAAAGCUUUGAAGAUGUUUAUGAUGAACCCGAAGAAGAAGACGAAGAAUUUGUUCAAGAUAGCGAAGAUCUUACCGUUCGUCCUAUGGAACGUAUCAUAUCUGGUAGAGCUGAAGCUAUCACUUCUGUCUCACUUCAUCCUGAAGAUUUGUCCGGUAAACGGCCAGAUAUGAUGAAGAGUUUUUCAGAUACUGGUCCACCUCCAUCUAGAAGUCGUUCAUCGUCAUUAUCUUCCCCUAUGCCUCCUCGAUUGCAAAGAAGAUCUCCAUCAAGAUCGGUCGACCUUGAUAAGUUCACAAACGAUUAUGAUAUACCCAUUCGCAAGUUGUCACCAGUGUCAAGAGGGUCCAUCGGUACGAUGCAAUCGAUGACUUCGGCCGACACCACUCUGAGCGUUUCCACAGGUGCUGCUCCUCAGACACCGCACGACGAGUCAUUUGAUCUACCCGAUGAUGCGGACGACAAAACUGAAGAAAAUAUAGAUACAAGUCUAGGAUCUAUGACAGUAGAUGAUAGAACACCUGUCCGUCGACCUUCCGUGGGAAGAAGUAUGACGGCUUCUUUCGCUAUACCUACAAUAAACAACGAUCAACAACCCGACAUCCGAUUUUGGGUGGUUUCACACGAUUACGAUCCUAGAGAAAUUGCGUUCAAUUCAGAUGGUGCUAUCAUCGGUGCUUCAUUACAAGUUUUAGUUGAAAAAAUGACUCCUCAUGAUGGACCUGCCGAUCCAACAUUUUUCACUACUUUUUUCUAUACAUUUCGUAUUUUCACAUCUCCACAAACUCUCCUCGAUGCUCUUUUGACACGAUACGAAGUACCUCCACCACCCGGAAUGUAUUUAGGGGAUCGUGAAAGAGCUAUAUGGUUGGAGAAAAAAGUCGUCCCUGUUCGAUUCAGGAUAUUCAAUCUUUUGAAAUUAUGGUUAGAAACACAUUGGAGAUCUGAAGAUGUUUCAAUAUUAGAACCGUUAAAGAAUUUCGCAAAUGAAAGAGUCACCAGAACAUUACCAGCUAUGGCACCAAGAUUAUUAGAUUCUAUAAAUAGAAGAAUGACAAAUCCUUCAAGUUCAAAAUUGAAAAGACAAUCAUCAAUGGAUUUAAUCAGAAUGAAAAAUUCACCAAUAACUUCAGCACCAAAUUCAGCAUUACCACCAACACCUAUAAUUUCUAAAUCAUUACAUUCUUUAUUACAAAAAGCUUCCACUCAAGGGACCAGUUUGAAUAAAGUACCAAUAACGGAAUUUGAUACUUUGGAAUUAGCAAGACAAUUGACGAUUAUGGAAAGUAGAUUAUUCUGUUUUGUCGCACCUGAAGAUUUGCUACAGACUGCAGGUGGGAAAGGUAGGAAAAGUAAAAGUGUUAAAGAAUUAAAAGAUUUAAGUACUAUGAGUAACCAAAUCACGGGUUGGGUGGCGGAUAAUAUUUUGGAUGAAAUGGAUGCUAAGAAAAGAGCUAGUCUAUUGAAAUUUUAUAUUAAAUUAGCUGAUAAAUGUCUCACAUUACAAAAUUUCUCAACCAUGUUUGCCGUUUUGGCAGGAUUGAACAGUAGUACUAUCCUUCGUCUUAAGAAAACUUGGGAUGCUCUUCCAGCUAAAUAUCGAUUGAUGAUGGAACGUCUUAGAGGAGUGAUAGAACAUACUAAAAACCAUCAAGCCUACAGAGCCAGGUUGAGGGAUGCGGUGGGACCUUGUUUACCGUUUUUGGGAUUGAUCUUGACCGACAUAACAUUCACUUCUGAAGGUAAUCCCGAUACCCGGCCGAGCGUGUUGGAACCUGAUUUGACCCUGAUCAACCAUGAUAAAUAUGCGAAAUUGGGUAAGAUCGCUAUCGAUUUCAAGCGGUAUCAAGAGCCAUUCAACUUUCACGAAUUACCAGCUGUUCAAACAUUCCUCCGACGGGUUUUGGCAGAAAGAGGUAGUUCUUCACUCGACGCAUUGUAUCGUAAAAGCUGUGAGUUUUCUUCUUCUCAGCCAAGACCACGCUGA